CAAUAAAACUGAGGAUUUCUAUUCCUUACUUGCAUGGCAUUCGAACUCAAUUUUCACUUUGGAAACUCCUUUCACCAAUACCAUCGUUGCCUCGAAGCCCCUUAAACAAUGCACACACUACAUGGCCGCCCAUCUCCGAGCAUGGAAGCGUUGCAUGUCACUGGCUCAACGCUGCACCACCAUGCGCCAACUCAAGCCCAUCCACGCCAUUUUCCUCACCCACGGUCUCCACCACAACAACUACGCCCUCAGCAAACUCCUCGCCUUUUGUGCUCUCUCCGAUUCCGGUAGCCUCUCCUACGCUUCGCUCAUCUUCACCCAUAUCCAAACACCCAAUUCCUUUAUCUACAACACUCUUAUCAGAGCCUAUUCCCGUAGCUCACAGCCUCAACUUGCUCUUCAUUACUUUCACCUCAUGUUGAAAGAUUAUGGUAGUAACUUACUAGCUCCCGACAACCACACCUUUCAUUUUGUUCUUUCGGCUUGCGCGAAUGCCAAAUGGGUACUUGCAGGCAAGCAAACUCACAAUUGGGUACUCAAAAAUGGGUUGGUUUUGUUUGAUGGUCAUGUUCAGACUGCGCUUAUUAGAGUUUAUGUUGAGUGUAAGGUUUUGGAUGAUGCAUGCAAAGUGUUUGAUGAAAUUCCUUGUUUAGAUGCUAUUCAGUGGAAUGUUCUUAUGAAUGGCUAUGUUAAGUGUAAUAUGGGUUCUGAGGCUUUGAGGGUUUUUCGGGAUAUGUUGAUGAGUGGAGUUGAGCCUGAUGAAUUUUGUGUAACUACUGUGCUUUCAGCUUGUGCUCAAACGGGGGCGGUUUUGCAAGGGAAAUGGAUUCAUGAGUAUGUUAAGAAGAGGAAUGGGAUGGAAUCAGAUGUGUUUGUGGCGACAGCGCUUGUUGAUAUGUAUACUAAAUGUGGGUGUAUAGACAUGGCUGAGGAAGUCUUUGAGAGGAUGCCUAAAAGGAAUGUGUUUUCAUGGGCAGCCAUGAUUGGAGGAUUGGCAGUACAUGGGUACGCAAGGAAGGCAAUUCAUUGCUUGGAUAGGAUGCAGGUAGAUGAUGGGAUAAGGCCUGAUGGGGUUGUCCUUCUUGGGGUUCUAGUGGCAUGUACACAUGCAGGACUCCAAGAGGAAGGCCAAUUGCUGUUGGAUGACAUGGAAAAUGGAUAUGGUAUUAGACCAAAACAUGAGCAUUAUAGUUGCGUUGUGGACUUGCUAUGUAGAGCAGGUCGAUUGGAUGAAGCACUUCAGCUCAUAAGAAGAAUGCCAAUGAAGCCACUUGCUUCUGUCUGGGGUGCCUUACUGAGUGGUUGUCGAGUUCAUAAUAAUGUUGAUCUUGCAGAGCUUGCUGUUGAAGAGCUUUUAAUGCUAGAAAAUGAUGGAGUAGAAGAAGAUGGAGCUUAUGUUCAGUUGUCAAACAUUUAUUUGGGUGCACGGAGAGGUGAAGAUGCAUGUAGGAUAAGGAGGAUCAUUGGUGAUAGGGGACUUAAGAAAACACCAGGGUGUAGUAUGAUAGAGGUGGAUGGCAAGGUGAAUGAGUUUGUUUCAGGGGAUGUAUCACAUUUGCACAGAGCUCAGAUAUGUGCAAUUCUGGAGCUACUGUCCCUUGAGUUAGUUUAAGAUCCUUGUUAGAACAUGCUGAAGGAUCUGCAGGCAUAUGAUAUGUAUAGUUUUAUGUUGGAAAUCCUUAAAUUAAUGAUACUCCAAUGAUUUCUGUUAAAGCCACAGUGGCAAAUUGAUUAUCAAGAGAUGGAUGGCAACCAUUUGUAUAUGCACAGGAUCCUGAGAGAUUGAAUGGCUUCCACACAACCAUUCACAUGUUAUGCAAUAUAAUUGGCAUCUUGACCUACUAUUGGCAAGCAUUUGGGGAGAAAACUAGAACAACCACUGAAAUCUAUUUUAAUAAUGUUACUUUAUCAUGGCUUUCUAUUUUAGUGGGAUUUCCAUGUUUUCAGAGAUAGUAUCAUGAUGUUUUUCCGUAGGUCAAAAUGGGUCUUGCAAACUCAAAUGACAUAAAAAUUCCACUAAUCAGUGAAGAAUGGUUUAAUUGGCAUUACUUAAAAGUAUCAACACUAAAAUUAGUUAAAAAGGAAAUUUGAAAGUGAUUAUGGUAAUGAAAACGUCCCCAAAAACUGAACAACCAUUGCAGGUGCUUGUGACAGAUUGGGGAAUGCUUACUACUACAUUAAUGCCCUGGUCUGUAACUGAGUGCUGGUGGUUGGUAAAUGCCUUGGAUUGAUGUCCAUAACAUGCGUGGAAGAGGGCACUUACGACCACAUGUUCUCUUCUUCGAGGCUGUAUUGUAGAUUUGUUACCCGAAACUUCCACCAUUAUCACAGAAUCAUUUAUUCAUUCAAACAUAAUUUUGGGGAUCAAGCUUGUUGGAGCAACACAUUGUCAAAGGAACAGGAACAGGAACAGGAACAGAGGUUCUGUUUCCUAUAAGCUAGGAACAUUUGUUUUUUUGUUCAGUAACAGGAUAGGAACUAAAGGACCCUGAUACCUUCAGAAAAAGGCCCAAGUACUUAAUUUCACACCCAAAAUUUUUCCCCCUGCGGCAGCUGUAGGCAGAACAAC